CUAGUUUGACUUCUCUUUCUGUAUUUUGGCAAAAAUCGCGUUUCCUUUCGCCGUCGGUCCGUCGGUGGUCAAAUUUUCCGAGAUUGGGUGCAUUUGUCGGAAACCUCGGUUCUCAAUAUUCGCCCUUAAAUGUGUUGAGGUCAAGUCUCGUGCGACGUUCAGUACUUUGUUGAGCCGCGAACCGCAAAAACCUGCAGUGAGAUAUUUUAUAAUUAUUAUGAACCCCGCAACCACACCUGUCCCUCCCGAAGACGUACAGGGCGACGGCCGAUGGAUGAGCAUACACAAUCGGUUUGUGGAGGAGACCACACUGUGGGAGCCAGAAGUGCUUUUCAUCGGAGACUCACUCAUCCGGAACUUGACCUACUCGGACAUGUGGAAAGAGGUUUUCGUGCCAAUGCACCCUCUGAAUUUUGGCAUCGGCGGUGAUCAGACCCAGCAUGUUCUCUGGAGAGUGUUGAACGGCGAACUUGAACACAUCAAGCCCAAGGUUGUUGUGCUGCUUGUUGGUACUAAUAAUAUUGGCCACUCGCCAGAACAGAUUGUGGAGGGCAUCAGAGAAGUGGUCAAAGUUAUUCAAAGUAAACAACCUCAGGCCUAUCUAGUCUUAAUCGCUUUACUUCCUCGUGGCCAAAAACCAAACCCUCUGCGGGAAAGGAAUGACAAGGUGAACCUGCUGCUCAAGGAGCAAAUGACUGGACUUGACAGAUUGCAGAUACUCGAUCUCAAUAAGGGUAUUGUUCACGCUGAGGGCACAAUUGAUGCUCAUGACAUGGAUGACUAUUUGCACUUAACGCCCCAGGGCUACCGCAAAACAUUUGAGCCACUGCAUGAGCUACUGACGCAGCUGUUAAGCGAAGGAGAGGUGGAGGAGCUCGAGGACGAUCUUUCGUCUGGCUCGGCUUGCGCGCCUUUGAAAAUCGAGUGAUAUGUUUGCAGAGUUUGAUCUCUUAUUAUUGCCCAGUGCUGCUAAUUCAGAUGAAAAGAAUCAAUCGACUUCAAGUUAAAUGAAAAAGCUUCACUGGAGAAAAAAAAACAGCUUCUGCGCCUUUCAAGAAUCAGAAAGCUGAGUUAUUUUGUACAUUUUUAAUUAUUUCUCUGGGCAAAAUUAUUGUCGCAGAGUGUCGGACAUUGCCUUACCAUGAUAUUUGUGUUUAGUUCCGAAAAGAUGAGUUUCUUUUGUCAAGACUGCGGUUUAUUUUUAAGUCGAGCCUACGGUGUGCCGAAGAAUAUUUUUAGUUAAUAUUCUCCUUGUUAGUGUAGGAUUCAAAACAAAAAAACUUAGUCGAUAGUCCCAUAAUGUAGUUGGCGGCUUGAAAAUGAGCAGGAAAUCUCCAUUCCCACUUAUGCUGAAUAAUUAAAUUCUUACUUAGUUUGCAAUGCAGAAUCAGAAUUGCACGGUGUAGCAGCUGGUUUCCAGCACCAAGCACUUUCUGCUGGAGAUAUUAAAAAAAGCCUCGAUCCUAAAGUUCUUAAUGAGAAUAUGGAAUAUGAAAUUCAAAUUACCUUCAUUUCUUAGAGGUUAUUUUUGUUAACGAAGCUAAAGUGCUCAAAAAUCAUUCCAUUUUAUGUAUUUUUGUUGAAUAACCAAAUCAAGAGUAUGUAUGUAAAUUGAGAUAUUUUAAAUUGUGAGCUUUGUAAAGAGUCAUCGAUCAACCUUGAACAUAAAGUGAAGCACAUUUGAUGCAAAAUU